AGCCAUAGAAAAUGCCUUACCAUCUGCUUCUUCCUCACCAUGGGAACAUUCCAAUACGGACUUGACUACGCACUCGUAGGAGGCUUUCUCUCCAUGCCCGGUUUCCUCGAAGUAUACGGAUACUACUCACCCGAGUUAAAGAAAUGGAACAUUGACGCAAAUGAUCAGCCCACCGUCCAACAACUAAUCUCCUCCCUAAUGACAAUCGGAACAUUCCUCUCCUCCCUCCUCGUCGGCCCCCUCAGCUCCAAAUUCGGACGCAAACACGGCCUCUGGGCCGCCGCGAUCCUCAACGCCGUCGCCACCACCAUCAUGCUCAGCACAACCAGCAUCGGCGCUCUCUACACGGCUCGUCUGAUUCUCGGUGUCUCAGUCGGUUGGUUCCUGACUUUCUCGCAACUCUACAUCCACGAAGCAGCUCCCGCCCACCUGCGCGGCGUCGUCUUCGGCUUCUACCAGAUCAUGCUGUCCAUCGGAUCCAUCGUGGGCGCGUCCGUGGAUUUCGGGACGCAUACCAUGGUUAGUAAACGCGCGUACCAGAUCCCAUUAUCGAUCUUCUUCGUAGCACCAACCGUUCAAUCUAUCAUGAUGAUCUUCUUCCCCGAGAGCCCGCGAUGGCUGAUGGUUAUGGGGCGAGAAGAGGAAGCGGAGAGCGCGUUGAGGAGGUUAAGGGGAGGAGGGAUUCAGGAGAGGGAGCUGAGGGCUGAGUUGGGCGAGAUUAGAGGGUCGACGAGGGAGCAGGUUGAGGGAGGGAGAGGAAGGGGGUGGGUUGAGAUGUGGAGGGGGACGAAUUUGAGGAGGACGGUGCUUUGUGUUUGUGUUGUUUGUUUUCAUGCUGCUAACGGCUCCUCAUGGGUAAACAUCUACACAACCUACUUCCUAACCAUCGCCAACGUCCCGAACCCCUUCUCCAUGUCCAUCCUAAUAACGACCCUCGGCCUCCUCGGCUGCCUCCUCAGCCUCACCUUCACGCGCUCCCUCAACCGCCGCACCAUCCUCAUCGUCGGCUGCUCCGCCUGCGCCCUCUGCCAGCUCCUCAUGGCCGUCGUCUGGACCGUGCGACCCGGCUCUGAAGUCGCGGGGAAAUGCGUCGUCGCUUUUAUUGCGCUUUUUACGUUCUUUUACGUCGCUUAUUCACCCACAGCAUGGCUCAUCGGCGGCGAAUUACCGAAUAAUCACCUCCGUCCCUUCACCUUUGGGCUCGCGACAGCGCUGAACUUCGUGGGAAAUUGGCUGGGCACGUUCACAGCGCCGUAUUUCAUCAACCCGGCGAAAUUGGGCUGGAGCGCGAAGUACGGGUUUAUCUGGUUUGGGACGAAUGCGUUGUUGGUGCUGUUUACGGUGCUGUUUGUGCCGGAGACGAGGGAUCGCACGUUGGAGGAGGUGCAUGAGAUGUUUGAGAAUCGGGUGAGGACGAGGGAGUUUAGGACGUAUGUUUGUGUGGGUGUCGAGGGG